ACCCCUGGCCCUGGGAGGCUGGGAGACCCAAAAAGCAAGGCUGAGAAACGCCAAGCCCUGUACUGGCCACCCCGGCGGGCCAUGAGCUCCUGAUCCCUCGAGGAAAGCCACAACUGCGGCGCUCCCAGAAGCUGCCCUCCGCAUUGCCCCCUCCCCCUCGAUCGGACCUCUUCAUAAGAGCCGCAUCUCAUGGAGAUGCUAGUCAGUUUCUUCAAGGCUCUAGCAUUGCAGAGGAGCUGAAUUCUGCUUCGCUCAUCUGUUACAAUCCAACUAAACACAGCAGUAACAAUGCGUAGCACAAAACCUCCUGGGAUUCAUCUUUUCGUGUGUGUUCAGGGAAGUUCUCUAUCUCUUAGGACAUGCCAGGCCCUUGUCUUGGUAUUGACAUUCUUUUCAUACGCUAGCUACCAUGCAGCAAGGAAAACCACUAGUGUUGUUAAAGGUGUUCUUGAUCCUAAGACGUCAAAGCCAGGCUUGUUGCACUGGCCUAGAUGCUUGAAUAUUGGUAAAUUGCAUACUGCUGAGAGCCAAACGGUGCUCUAUGGUGGUUGGGCACCAUUUGAUUCCAGAAAUGGCACUGCAUUGCUUGGGGAUGUUGAUUUGGCAUUUCUCGCAAUUUAUGCAAUUGGCAUGUUCUUUGUUGGCCAUAUCGGUGACAGAGUGGAUCUGAGGAACCUUCUGACAAUUGGAAUGAUAGGAACUGGUUUGUUCACGGCUGCUUUUGGAGCUGGAUACUGGCUGAAUAUACACAACUUCUACUAUUUCUUGGGCAUUCAAUUGAUUGCUGGCCUGUUUCAGUCAACUGGGUGGCCCUCAGUGGUAGCAGUUGUCGGCAAUUGGUUUGGGAAGAAAAAGAGGGGACUAAUCAUGGGAAUUUGGAAUGCUCAUACUUCUGUAGGGAACAUAUCAGGCUCUCUGAUAGCAGCUGCUCUCCUGAAGUUUGGGUGGGGCUGGUCAUUUGUUGUUCCUGGUGUUAUGAUUGCAUUAGUUGGGCUCAUUGUGUUUCUGUUCUUGCCUUCUGGCCCUGAGGCUAUUGGAUCUGAGGAUGACCAUUUGAAUGAUUCUGGUAAGAAUGAAAUAGGCACCCCUUUAUUGGAAGGACAGACAGAAGUAACAGAAAAGCCAGUGGGAUUCAUUGAAGCAUUGAGAAUUCCUGGAGUAGUGCCAUUUGCUCUCUGCCUGUUUUUCUGCAAGCUAGUCGCCUACACGUUCCUAUAUUGGCUUCCUUUCUAUAUUAGCCACACAGCUGUUGGUGGAAAAUAUUUGUCAGACUCGACUGCUGGAGCGCUAUCAACGUUGUUUGAUUUAGGUGGUGUCAUAGGCGGCAUCCUUGCUGGCCACAUGUCAGACCGUUUGGAUGCCCGGGCACUGACAGCAGCAAGUUUCACAUUUUCUGCGAUACCGACACUGUUCUUCUACCGCAUGUACGGGAGCAUCUCGCUUUGCUGGAACAUCAUCCUAAUGUUCAUCACCGGCAUGCUCGUGAAUGGCCCUUACGCGCUCAUAACCACCGCGGUCUCUGCAGACCUCGGAACACACAGCUCCCUGAGAGGCAACUCCAGGGCAUUGGCAACUGUGACGGCAAUCAUAGACGGGACAGGCUCAGCUGGCGCUGCAGUUGGUCCCUUGCUGACGGGUUACAUCUCUGCUAAGAGCUGGACUGCGGUCUUCACAAUGCUGAUGGUUUCUGCCCUCGUUGCAGGGCUGCUGUUAUCAAGGCUGGUCAUGGCUGAGGUUUCUGCGAAGCUAGAAUCCCAGAGAUCGGCAGCAGCAACUGGUCUGCCUGUGUCCUCUGUAGAGGAAGCUUAGGCUGGAGAUAACUGAAUUGCUUACGCUUUCCUGGAGAUUCCAAAAUGGUGAAACCCUCAAAAUGUUAGACCUGAGCUGGAAGUCCAUGUUUCUUGUGUAUAGAUAGCAUUCUUUGUCAAGUUUGUUUACUACAGGAUUUCGAGGCAUAUUUGGGAGUUGUGUGAAUGAUUGUUGGAAAAAAGAAAAGAAAAAUGGAAGUCGUAGUCAACAAUAUGUGAUGAUUGGAUCAGAAUUUGGAUCUUCGUAAAUGUAUCAUAUCAGAUUUUUGUAAUAUAGGUGGCUUGGUGUUGUUCCCG